CUAUAUAUUGUUAACUAGGGGUACUCCAGGUAUAUACCAGAUUAUUCUGGUUCAUACCAAUUAAACAAAAUUAGUAUUCAUGUGAAAAAUCAUUAGCAUCGAAUAAAUUUAACCAUGUAUUGAACAUAUUUUUAAACUAUCUACAUUUAUAUUUGAAUAAAAUACGAUAUUACAAAUUGACUAACAAAUAUUAAUAUUUAAAGGAAACAUAUAGGGUACACAAUCCCGACCUGCAAAAUCUUGGUCAUAUCACAAUGUCGUUGGUGGAUUCACGAUAUUUACCUCCAACCUGGUAUGGAGGCUCUCCCUACAACCCGUCCACAUGUGCUCAGUCUAUUGACUGAAAUAAUUAUUUUAUUUUUCUUUUCUAUUACCAUUGAUCAUUAAACAUUAAUGACUAACGGAAGGAAAAGAGACGGAAUAAUCAUUUCUUCUCUUUCUUGUGAUACUUAGCAUAAUUAAAUAUAUAAAAAAGGUGAAUCCAUCAAUAAAAAAAGGUUGAAGCUAAGAAUUUUUCAAUAUAUAGCACUUCCCCUGUUUCCUUUUCUUUUUCCAUAAAUAAAAUCGAUCGAUAUGGCCGCCUCCUCCAGCACAAGUGCGACUGCAGCAGCAGCGGCAGCAGCUGCUCAAGAGCGGCGGACUGUAGAUUUCCACUCAACCGUGUGGGGCGACUUCUUUCUUACUCAUGUCUUCGCCGACCAAGAGACUGUAAACGGGUGGAACGUGGGGAUUGACGCGCUGACGGAGAACGUGAAGGCGAUGCUACUGUCAGCUCCGACGACGUUGUCGGAAAAGCUGAAGCUGAUCGACGUGGUGGAGAGGCUUGGCAUCGGAUACCAUUUCGAAGAAGAGAUCGAAGAGCAGCUCCGACAGAUCUAUCAUGGGAAUAACAUUGACAACGAGGACGAUCUCUUCACCGUUGCACUGUACUUCAGACUGCUCAGGCAACAUGGCUACAACGUGUCUGGUGACAUAUUCAAGAGGUUCCAGCUGAAUGAAGAAGAAGAGGAGGAGGAGGAGGGAAGCUUCAAGGAGGAGUUGAGGAGUGACGUUGAAGGUAUGAUGGGCCUGUACGAAGCUGCACAUCUCCGCAAGCAUGGGGAGACGAUACUAGACCAAGCCAUUGAGUUCGCGACGGCGCAACUGACGAACUACACUAUCGAGCAAUCGUCCCAAGGGCAGUUGGAUCAUGAUGAUCAACAGCGUAAGUCGUUGGCGGCGAAACGGGUUGCUCGUACGUUGAAGAGGCCACUCCGUAAAGGCGUGGAGAGGCACGAGCAGCUCUUCUUCAUCUCUGUUUACGAGCAGAUGGACGGUCACGACGCCAUUCUCCUGAAGCUGGCUAAGUUGAGCUGGAAUUCCGUGCAACACUUGUACCAACAAGAGCUCAGGAGCUUUACACGAUGGUGGAUCGAUCUGGACUUCGCCACGAGGCUGUCUUUUGCGCGAGACAGAUUGAUCGAGAUUUACUUCUGGGCCAUGGGAGCCAUGUGGGAACCCAAAUUUUCGACGGCUCGAUACAUCCUGUCUAAAGUUGCCAUGCUUGUGUCCGUGGUUGAUGACAUCUAUGAUGUCCACGGUAAAAUCGACGAACUCGAGCUUUUCACCACUGUCGUUGAGGGAUGGGACACCAGCAUGAAGGAUCUCCCCGACUACAUGAAAAUAUAUUUUGGAUCACUUAUUGAUGUGUUGCAUGAAGUGGACACGAUUACAACCGGAGAAGGAAGGCCCUACUGUUUGGAAUACGGAAAGCAGGCGGAGAGGAAUCAAAUGAGAGCAUACCUGACAGAAGCAAGAUGGUUUGCCAGAGGGGAGGUGCCGACGGUAGAGGAAUACCGGCGCGUGGGGAUAUACUCUUGCGCCUACCCGUUACUGUCAUACGCAUCCCUCGCCGGAAUGGGUGAAAAGGCACCAAAGGAGGCGUUCGAUUGGCUGCUCGCGGAUCCCAAGAUCCUCGUCGCUGUCUCCGAUCACUGUCGCCUCAUGGAUGACAUCGUAUCUCACGAGUUCGAGCAGAAAAGAGGACAUGUCUCGUCAUCGGUGGAAUGCUACAUGAAGCAGCACCAAGUGUCGAGAUUCGAGGCGGUUGAUGCGUUGUACCAAAUGGCGGAGGACGACUGGAAGAUCGUAAACGAGGAGUGCCUCGACAUCAACCGCCCCGAUUUCGUUUCCAAGGAAGUUAUUUCCAUGUUAGUGGGACUUGCAAAGGUGAUAGAAGUUCUGUACAAGGAUUUCGAUGGAUAUACCUUCUCCGACACCACCACCAUGGACAUGAUGACUGCUCUGCUCGUCACUCCCAUGGACGUCGGCCGGCCCUAGCUAUGAUCCUGUUUAUGGUGUGCUAUUGUCUGCACGUGCAAGAAUAAUAAGGCUGCUACGCUAGCGAUAUCCGUUUGUUAUGUAUUCCCUAGCUCGUGUGACAUAAAUUUCCUUUCUUUGAACUUAGUGAUGAUGUGUGUGUUCUUAAUAUUAUUAUUAUUGUAAUUCUGAUGAUGAAUGAAUGUUUGUGCCGGCUUUGGUUGUUACUCAUGGUAAUCGCAGUUACAAAUAUAAUAGCUAUAAUCAACAGUAACAAACGUAAGGGUGCAAUUUUUUUUUUCUUGUUAGUACGGUGCUAUAACACUCAUUCCAGCCAAUAUCAAUAUUUCGGUUUGAUGAUUUUUUUUAUUUAUUAUAAGGGGUUUAUCACAAUGAAUGUGGAUUUAUAAAGGGAUGGCACACUUGUAGUUAUUAAAAAUUAGUGGGACACUUGUAAUUAUUAAAAAUUAGAAUGAGAUACUAACCAAAUUAAGUUGAUACGAGUUGAGAAAUCGAUACUCCGCAGUUACGGGCACCCUUAAAUAACUAAUCCAGAAGUAAACCACAAAGGGUAGAACCGGGCUCUCUGAUACCAACUUUGUCACGACCCGACCCUGGUUGUGACCGGCGUGUGGAUAAUCCUAUCAAACCGUUCAAAAUCCACACAAGCCUAAAUUCCAUACUUCAAAUAUCAAAUACUGGGUCGAUAACAACCAAUGAACUGAAUUCUUACAGUUCAACCAGACUCAUCGCAAAUGACAAAUGAUACAAUCUUAAACUGCACACUCCUAAUACAAAUCCAACCUAAACUGCGGAGUGCUACAAAGAUGAUUACAAAGUACCGUUAACAAUCUAGCUAGAGUGAUCCUCAAUUCCGAUGCCACUAAGUAACCCAAUUAGAAUCCACUGAGGCCAAGUCUAAGGCGAUAGGAACUACUCAGACCUUAUCUGGAAAAAAAAAAUAGUUGUCGAUGGAUGAGUCGACGCUCGAUAAGUAAUAGCUAUAACUCACAACAUACAAAUAAAAAUAUUCAAAUACUAUCUUUAGUAAAGUACCAAUAAAUUUAAAUUGGUUUAGAAACUAAAAAUCAAUCAAAGAAUAAAAUCCAGACUUCUAUGUCUUCAAAUCAAGUAGGAAAAAUUCAACAAAUCAUUGGAAGACGUCAAACUCAUAUUCUCUACAAUUUCCAAAAGUACAAAUCAGAUAAAUACCAAUAAAACACAUUUCAAAUG